AUGCUGUCCUGCCGCCUGCAGUGCGCCCUGGCCGCGCUCUCCAUCGCCCUGGCCCUGGGCGGUGUCACUGGCGCGCCUUCGGACCCCAGGCUCCGUCAGUUUCUGCAGAAGUCUCUGGCGGCUGCUGCAGGAAAGCAGGAGCUGGCCAAGUACUUCUUGGCAGAGCUGCUAUCUGAGCCCAACCAGACUGAGAAUGAUGCCCUGGAACCUGAGGAUCUGCCCCAGGCUGCUGAGCAGGAUGAGAUGAGGCUGGAGCUGCAGAGAUCUGCAAACUCAAACCCUGCCAUGGCGCCCCGAGAACGCAAGGCUGGCUGCAAGAAUUUCUUCUGGAAGACCUUCACAUCCUGUUAG